AUGGCGAAUAUGUGGAGGUUCUUUAGGGAAUCUGGACCAAGACCUCCUCAGGAUCAACAUGAGUCUUUCACUAUGGAGAUUCAUCAUGGAGGUUACUUUGAUUCAAUGCCUGAUGGGACAAAGAAAUACAAGAUAGCACGGUUGAACAAAUUGGGUGGAGUAUGCUACUUAGAUGGCUUGGAUGCUGAUGAAUUGGCAUUGGUAGAAUUCAAUAAUAUUGCUUGGGAAUUAGGUUAUAGAGAGAAGCCUAUCUCAUACCAUUACAAGCUUCCAGGAACAUUAAGUUGUGAGGGUUGGGUUCCUAUAAAAAAUGAUGCUGAUGCUGUUGAGAUGACAAAAAUGAUUCCAAGAAAAAAGAGACAAAUUAGCAUUUACAUCACUGGUGGUGGAAAAAGGAAAAAGAAAGAAGCUGAAAUGGAUGAUGAAUGCCCAAGGUCAUCUAACUGGUGUAAUCCCUUGAAUGAUGUGGGGCCGAGAGAUGAAGAAACUGUUGUUGAGGCAGCCCAUCUGAUUGGUAACCGAAUUAAUAGCUCUAUGCUCCAGAAAAGGGUUACUAAAAACAUCAAAGCAACCUAUAAAGAAAAGGGAAAAGCAGUGCUCGUUGAAGAACCAAAAGAGCAUAAAUGUACCAAGAAGAGGGGGAGAAAACCUCAAGGUAAAACCUACAAUACCAUAACCAAAGAGCAUAAGUCCUAUGAGAAGGUUGAUGAUUCAAGCUCUGGUGACUCUGAUUUCUAUAUUGAUAGUGACUAUGAGCAGACUAAAGGUGACGAUGACAUAGAUUUUGAUGAAAAUGUCACAAAUCCAAGCACAAUUGAGGAAUAUGAGGAGAUGGGAUUUAUGGGAGUAUGCUCUGAUGAUGAAGACAAUAGUGAUGAGUUUGCUAGUUGGGAUGGAUCUGAAACAGAAGAGGGUGAAGAUGGUAAUCCUCUUCCCAAGAUAUCAUCUAAGAAUCCAAAAACCAAGGCCUGGAAUAGAGCUGUUGAUCUAGAUACUCCAAAUUUCUGUGUCGGACAAGCUUUUACGAAUUCAGAAGUCUUGAAGGAAGCUGUGAGAGAGUAUUGUAUUGUUUAUCAGAGAGGAUUGUGGUUCCAAAAGAACAGCAAGAUUAAGAUUGAGGUACGAUGUCAGUGGGGGUGUCCUUUUUGGCUUUAUGCUUCAAGAAUCAACAAGGAGGAUCCCACCAUGUACAUUAAGACUCUGAGGCAAGCUCAUAAGUGUCAUGUAAUUCAAAAAAGCCAUCAUCUAAACUGCAACAGGGUUGCUAGAGAAGUUCAAGAAGAUCUCAUGGUUGAUACCGAAUGGUCAAGGACCGGUAUUCAAAACAGAAUUCAGAAGAAGUACAAGCUAGAUGUCUCUGUGAAAACUAUAUAUAGAGGGAAACUGGCAGCCAAAAGAAUGAAUGAAGGCCACUACUUGCAGCAAUACAAUAAGCUUGCAUCGUACAGGAAAGAAUUGCUGAGGAGCAAUCCAGGGUCAACUGUUGAAAUCAAGACACAAAUGGAUGGUGAGGUUAGAAGAUUUCAUAGAAUGUACGUAUGCCUAGCUGCUUGCAAGGAGGGAUGGAUCAAGGGUUGUAGGCCUCUAAUAGGGUUGGAUGGCUGUCAUAUCAAAGGCCAACAUCCAGGGCAGAUACUUUGUGCAGUGGGCAUAGAUGCAAAUAAUGGAAUUUUUCCGAUUGCUUAUUCAGUGGUUGAGGUUGAAAACACUGAAACUUGGAAAUGGUUCUUGGAGUAUCUCAUAUGGGAUUUGAAGAUGGAAAAUCCCAUGUCAUAUACUUUUAUCACGGAUAAACAAAAGGGCCUAGGGAUUGCCAUAGCUGAUUUGAUGCUGGGAGCAGAGCAUAGACAUUGCGUUAGACAUUUGUACAAAAAUUUCAAGUGCAAGCAUCCUGGUGAAGGACUCAAGCAGACUUUAUGGAAUGCAGCAAGGUCCACCACACAUAUAUGGUUCAAUAGAAACAUGGAAGCAAUGGAGAAGCAAUCAGAUGGGGCUAGGAAAUGGUUUGAAGACAAGCCACCAGAACAGUGGAGUAGGUCACAUUUUAGAACCACUUCUAAAUGUGAUAUCCUCCUAAACAAUUUGUGUGAAUCGUGGAAUGCUUCUCUAGUUAGGCAUAGGGAUAAACCGAUUUUGACCGUGAUGGAAGGGAUGAGGAUGGAUUCCAUGACAAGAAUGGCUAACAGAAGGGUUGCAAGCACAAGAUGGACCAAUAUGGUUGGCCCUCGAAUUGCAAAAAUUAUUGAGAAGAUUGGCAAAAGAACUCAUGAAUAUAGAGCACACAUGUCUGGGGAUUUUUGUACCAAGUGACUGGAGGCAUGUAUGGGAACAAGCAUGCUGUUGACUUAGGCAUGCACACAUGCACAUGCAGGAGGUGGCAAUUAAGUGGAAUUCCUUGUGUCCAUGCAACAUGUGCUAUAUUUGCAAAGAAACUGGAACCUAGCCUGUUUGUGGACAAUUAUUUGUUACCCUCUACUUAUCUUGAUGCAUAUAAUCCUAUCAUCUACCCUAUUGCUGGAGAUGAUGAUUGGGAGCCGGUGGACUACCCAAUUGCUCCUCCACCAUACAAGAAACAAGCAGGGAGGCCUAAAAUGAAGAGAAUCAAAGAACCUGGAGAGGGAAAAGCACCACCUGCCCCUGAUGCAAGCAAGAUGUCUAGAAACCUUUAUGGAACAAAGAUGACUUGUAUGAUAUGUAAGCAGAAGGGACACAACAAGAGAAGUUUCCCAACCAUUAAGAAUCAAUCUGCAAAGAGAACGACUGCUCCAAAAGGACCUAGGAAUGUCCUAAAACAAAUUAUCACAUCAAGGAGGGCAUGGAAGAAGAGGAAAGAAGCUGGGGAAACCAAGUCAACUAGGAUUGCCCAAGCUUCAUCUUCACAAAGAGAGCAUCGAGCAACAGAGAUUGCCUCUUGUACAUCAUCACAGAAUGUGCAGCAGCCAAGUUCACAAUUUAUGGAGCAUAGUCAAACUUCCUCAGAAUGGGCAAGCGUUUGAAGAUGAUGAAAUUUAUGUGAAUUGAUGUUUUAAUGUUGGCUGACAUUAAGCAAACAUUUUAUGCUUAAUUUUUGGUUUUGUUGUCAGCAUAUUGAAAUGUAUUUUGUUAUGUUUAUUGUGGCAGACAAUUAUGCCUUGCUUAAUUAUGUUUGGAUAUUAUUUGGUAUUUAGUACUUAUUAAACUAUGUUAUGCUUUUGGGGAUAUGGAACUACGAUAUAGUAUUUUAGCAGAAGGUAUUAUGUGAUCGGAAUGUUUGGAUUAAGCACAUGGCAUUUGAACAAAUUUUGAGACUUUCAUAUCAUAUUAUGAAACAUUGAUCUUUGAUUGAUCGUAA